UGUUAUGCAUAUUAUAAGUUUUUGAAGAUAUUUUAUUUUAUGGAAGAAUAAUUGUAGAUGUCGACUUAUUGGGUGGUUAUUAAUUAAAUAAUAAUCACUUUAAUGGGUUCAUGUGAAGCGGCAACAGUUGCAAUGAUCAUCGCAAUAAGCUACACAUGAAAUCCACUUUCGGCGGUGAGAAAUGAGAUCGUGAAGCGUACCUCUAUUUACUGUUGAUCACGACGACAGAAUAUUCAGCAUUAAAUUCCCGGCAGCGAAUAUCAGUUUCGGGAUCUAAGAAAACAGUAUAGGGCAUUCUGAAGUCGAUUUGUCGGAGAUCACGACGCUCUGCCAGGCGGAAAAUGUGGAUGAAAUCCUCGUUGAGGAAAUCAAAGUGCUCGCUCGUAAGGAAUUGCUCCAUUAGCACUGCGGCAGUGCAUUUACUCUGAAGCGCGGGCGGACAUUUCUCGCGUUUACUCUUCCCUGCUUCCUCCGGAAAGCUCCGAACAUUUAAGAGCGACGCUUGUCUCCGAACGAACACCGACUGGCUCUGCUUUGAAUAUUUAGGAGCGACGCCUCGCCCGAAUUUAUCUCCACAGGCAAUCCGCUCGCAGAUUGAGGCCGUUCGGAGUUUUUUUGGUCGAAAAUCGUGUUAUCGGCCCCCUUUUUCAGAUCCCAGGUCGACUCUUAACUAUGGCGGAUAAGGAGAAUAUAUUUCGACUCACUCGGGGUUCUAAGAAGAGGUCCGCCGAGGCUGCUACCCCCCACGAUCGCUCUGCUAACAAGAGGAGAGUCGUUCUCGGAGAGCUUCCUAUUUUACAGAAUGCUACUUCUUCUUCCGUCGAUCGGACUUCCAGGUCCAGACCCAGCAGGCAGAGACGGAGACUCAAAUCGAGGGAUACAGCGGAGACAAGUGCGGCCGCUCAAAUUAAUACGCUUCCGGAUGCUGAUGUCAAGCUAUCGGAUGAGGGCAAUUCCGAAGACCCGCAAAUGUGCACGGUUUUCGCCUCGGAUAUUUAUGAGUACCUUCGCGCCAUGGAGACUGAUCCACGAAGAAGACCUUUACCAGAUUACAUCGGGAGGGUACAAAAGGAUAUAAGUGCCAAUAUGAGGGGGAUUCUGGUGGAUUGGUUGGUUGAAGUUGCAAAAGAAUACAAGCUUGUUUCAGACACUCUUUACCUCUCUAUUUCAUAUGUUGACAGAUACUUAUCUCUAAACGCAAUCAGCAGGCAAAAACUUCAAUUGCUGGGGGUUUCUGCCAUGCUCAUUGCCUCAAAGUAUGAAGAAAUCAGUCCUCCGCAUGUUGAAGAAUUUGUUUAUAUAACAGACAAUACCUACAAUAGAGAAGAGGUGGUUGAGAUGGAGGCAGAUAUAUUGAAAUCACUGGAAUUUGAACUUGGGAGUCCCACAAUAAAGACAUUUUUAAGGAGAUUCACAAUGAUUGCUCAAGAGACUUACGAAUUUAAUACUUUGCAAUUUGAAUUCUUGGGCUACUAUCUUGCUGAGUUAAGUCUACUAGACUACAACUGUGUCAAAUUCUUACCAUCUCUCAUUGCUGCAUCUGUUAUAUUUCUAGCACGAUUUAUGAUCCAACCAAAGAAGCAUCCUUGGACCUCCAGGUUGGAGCAUUUUACUGGAUACAAGCCAGCUGAUAUGAAAGAUUGCGUUCUACUUGUACAUGAUUUAUACCUUAGUAGAAGAGGAGGCGCUUUGGCAGCUAUAAGGGAGAAAUACAAACAACAUAAGUACAAAUUUGUGUCUAUCAUGCCUUCACCUCCAGAGAUUCCUAUUCCAUAUUUUGAAGAUGUUAGAAUAUGACUGUACAAGAUGACAAAUAGUAGUUAGGAGCUUAGUAUAUGGGAGCGAAUAGAAAUUUAUAUUAGAUAGGAAUCUGAAUUCCAGAGGCAUGGUUCAAUUUCAAUCUGUACAAGCUCUAUAGGGCAUUAGUUGAGAGUCGAGUGUCUACUCGGAAUGGAACACAUUUUUGUGCAUUGGAAGGCAAGCCAAAGCAUGAAGCCAAAGCUUGCAUUUUUCUCACAACACUACUGCAUUUUCUUCCCUUGUAAAGAUUUCUUUUGAAAGAACAGAUAACCCAACGUUAUUAGAUUUUAGGGUGUGUUUAGUACUGUACAAAAUUCAGCAAAUGCACAUCAUGCAUUGGGCCGGAAGCCCAUUUGAAGCAUAGAGUUUCUGAAAUUUUCUUUUUCGAAGUUCGAGUUGGCAAUGUACAUAAACCACAUGUCUAAUAAUUGCAAGAACUAAAAAGGGUGCCUUGAAAAGCAUCAAAUGUAGCACAUUGUCGUGCAUGCAUUGUUAAAAGUUUUCUGAAGGGGCAAAUGGUCUCUAACGUCGACAAGGAUUGCUCGAAGAGGGAAAAGGCAGAAGCGAGAGAAGAGAAGAGCCAGGAUGGAUAUGCUGCUACAAAUGCUUUAUUUACGUAGAGGCUUAAAAUGAAAAUGACCCUCUGCUUCAGAGGUUGAAGGGACUGAAAGCUAGAAAGAAAAGCAGCACGAUGGAAGAAAGAAUAUUAAAAAGGCUUCUGCUGAAAAGGAAAAGUGGCCUCGUCUCGUCUGCUGUGUUGCUGGUCUUGCAGGUUGUCUACUCGAUUGCAUUUAAGCUUACACUUUUCUUCUUUAUCCUUCGAUACUGCCCUGCCCUGCCAUGCCAUACAAAGCCAUAUGACUUUUCCUUCGUUCGAACACUUUUCUUUCCCUCUGACCUUUCCCUCCAACUAAGCUGAGAAGACCAUUUUUAAGAAGUAAGCAGCUGGGUUUUGUCCUCUGAAACUCCUCUGCUGCCCCUUCCUUCUCUCUUGCUAACCACUCUAUUUCAAUAUGCCAUUUCCAGUGUCCAUGGAAGUUCGGCUGCUUCUGUUAAUGGCGAUUUUCACUCUUCUGGUCUCCGGAGAAAGCAAAGGGACAAUGGGGGUCGUCGUCAUCCAUCAACAUCCACCGUCAAAAAUGCAGGAGAAGCACCGGAAGCAGCUGCCGUCGCCGCCAUGGAGACACUCAUUCAGUGCGCUCUUUGCCAGCAAGAGGAAGGUCCCAAACACUUCGGAUCCUCUCCAUAAUCGUUGAAGCGCUCUGGGAAUGGAGACUACGUCCGAUUGUCGUAUGAAAUAUGGUCAAAAUGAUGGUGUUGACUCUAAUUGGGAGGCGUGACCACGUGGACUUCUGGUUUGCUUGCCUUCCUUCAGCUUUUUCCUGGGUACAACCUUUAUGGGGAAAUGCGUCCUCCUUUGUUUCCUUUUCCAAAUAAUUUUUGUAAGAUUCAAUUAAAUAUAUAUAUAUUAUAUGCUCUUCAACAGAUGUGUUCUCUAUUUCUCAAGUUCUCCAAAAUCCGCGUUGUGUAUGCCCAAAAUGAUUCUUAUUCAGUCUUAUGGGUUAUUAAUGUAGCAUUUGUAUAGUUGUAUA